AAAGGCUUUCAGAAGUAUUGGAGAGUCGUCGGACCACCCAUAGGCACUUUCUAGGGCACUUCCGAUCCCUCUCUUGGCCAUCAGGACCCACUAAGGACCUGGAGUCUAUGGUUGCCUAGAAACGGCCCGUUACCCACCCUCCCUCGUUCCCUCCCUUAACCUGCCGCCUCCGACUUCCCCGAGAGUAUUUCCGGUUCCGGCUGUGGGCCGGAGAAGACAUGGCGGCGUCUGCGUCGGCAGCUGCCGGGGAGGAGGACUGGGUACUUCCCUCUGAAGUCGAGGUGUUAGAGUCUAUCUAUCUGGAUGAACUACAGGUGGUUAAAGGAAAUGGAAGAUCUUCACCAUGGGAAAUCUACAUUACCCUGCACCCUGCCACGGCAGAAGAUCAGGAUUCACAGUAUGUCUGCUUCACUCUGGUGCUUCAGGUCCCAGCACAGUAUCCCAAUGAGGUGCCACAGAUCUCUAUCCGUAACCCCCGAGGACUCUCAGACGAACAGAUCCACAAGAUUUCGCAGGCACUGAGCCAUGUGGCCAAUGCUGGGCUGGGUACUGCCAUGCUCUAUGAACUCAUCGAGAAAGGGAAGGAAAUUCUCACAGAUAACAACAUCCCCCAUGGCCAGUGUGUCAUCUGCCUGUACGGUUUCCAGGAGAAGGAGGCCUUUACCAAAACCCCCUGUUACCACUACUUCCACUGCCACUGCCUUGCUCGGUAUAUCCAGCACAUGGAGCAUGAGCUCCAGGCGCAAGGACAGGAGCAGGAACGACAGCAUGCCGCAACCAAGCAGGCAGUCGGUGUGCAGUGUCCGGUGUGCAGAGAGCCCCUCGUGUAUGAUCUUGCCUCACUGAAAGCAGCCCCCGAACCUCAACAGCCCAUGGAGCUGUACCAGCCUAACGCAGAGAGCUUGCGCCAGCAAGAAGAGCGCAAGCGGCUCUACCAAAGGCAGCAGGAGCGGGGGGGUAUCAUCGACCUUGAGGCUGAGCGUAAUCGGUACUUCAUCAGCCUCCAGCAGCCUCCUGCCCCUUUGGAACCAGAGUCAGCUGUAGAUGCCUCCAGAGGAUCCCACCCACCCAGUGCCCUUGACACAGAACUGUCCACCUCAUCAACUGCCCAACCCGACCUAUCAGCUCCUCUGCCUGUGGCCUCCCAGCACACGUGUGAGAAGAUUCCAGGGGCUGGGCCAAAUCAGCAAAGGUUGGGCGAGACCCCGAAAACUAUGCUAGAUCCUCCCCGGGCCGGUCGAGGCCCCUGGAGACAGCCUGAACGGAGGCACCUAAAGGGAGGGGAGUGCAAUGCCCACAAAGGUACCAAUGACACCCAGGAACUGCCACCUCCCGAGGGGCCCCUCAAGGAGCCCAUGGACCUAAAGCCAGAACCCUGUAGCCAAGGGGUUAAAGGUCCUCCCCAAGAGAAGGGGCCUGGCACUUGGCAGGGUCCCCCACCCCGCAGGACUCGGGACUGUGCUCGCUGGGAGCGCUCCAAGGGUCGGACUCCGGGCUCUUCCUACCCCCGCCUGCCUCGGGGUCGGGGAGCCUAUCGUCCUGGUACUCGAAGGGAGCCCCUGAGCCUGGAGUCUGAGGAUGGUUCCUAGCAGUACUGUGGGGGGACAGGGAUUUGGGGCGGCAGGGGGCAAUAAAGAGAUCUGGCCUUGUUUGGCUUCUUUGUUUAGUA